AUGAUGGCGGAUGGUCUGUCCUCCGGGUCCUCCGGUCUGAGCGAGGACAGGGAAAAGGAGAAAGAGGAGCGACUCAGGAGCCGCACACACGCCCGCACUGAGCCCACCACAGCCAAGGACGGCCUCACGGACACUCUGGGCUUUACGCACAACAUUGGGGACAGUAAAGCUAAAGGCAACCUCUCAGACCUUUCACUGCUGAGGUUCAUCACCACAGAGCUGACCAGAGGCUACUUCCUGGAGCACAAUGAGGCCAAAUACACAGAGCGACGAGAGAAGGUCUACACCUGCCUCCGUAUCCCCAAGGAGCUGGAGAAGUUGAUGACGUUUGGCUUCUUCCUGUGUCUGGAUGCUUUUCUCUAUGUGUUCACACUGCUGCCCCUCAGGGUGAUUCUGGCCCUUUUACGGCUCGUCACGGUGCCGUGCUGUGGUCUCAGUGGUUCCCGACUGCUGCAGCCAGCUCAGGUGUGUGACGUGCUCAAAGGCUUCAUCAUGGUGUUGUGUUACUCCAUGAUGAGUUACGUGGACUAUGCCAUGAUGUACCACCUCAUACGGGGCCAGUCCGUCAUCAAGCUCUACAUCAUCUACAACAUGCUGGAGGUUGCAGAUCGCCUGUUCUCCUCCUUCGGCCAGGACAUUUUGGAUGCGUUGUACUGGACCGCCACAGAGCCAAAAGAAAAGAAGCGUGCGCACAUAGGCGUCAUUCCACACUUUUUCAUGGCGGUGCUCUAUGUCUUUCUCCACGCCAUCCUCAUUAUGGUUCAAGCUACCACACUCAACGUAGCCUUCAACUCCCACAACAAGUCUCUAUUGACCAUAAUGAUGUCAAACAACUUUGUGGAAAUCAAGGGAAGUGUGUUCAAGAAGUUUGAGAAGAACAACCUUUUUCAAAUGUCAAAUAGUGACAUAAAAGAGAGGUUCACAAAUUACAUCCUCCUGCUCAUUGUGUGUCUGAGAAACAUGGAGCAGUUCUCAUGGAACCCUGACCACUUAUGGGUGCUGUUUCCUGAUGUGGUUAUGGUGAUAGCCUCUGAGGUUGCAGUAGAUGUGGUUAAGCAUGCCUUUAUCACCAAAUUCAAUGAUAUCAGUGCAGAUGUCUAUGGUGAAUACCGGGCAAGCCUUGCUUUUGAUCUUGUGAGCAGUCGUCAGAAAAAUGCCUAUACCGACUAUAGUGACUCUGUGUCCAGACGGAUGGGCUUCAUUCCUCUGCCUUUAGCGUUGUUGUUGAUUCGAGUGGUAACGAGUUCAGUGAAGAUCCAGGGGUCACUCUCCUUUAUGUGUGUUCUUCUCUUCUAUUUGGGGAUGAUCACUCUGAAGGUACUCAACAGCAUUGUGCUGCUGGGGACUUCCUGUGUGUUCGUAAAGGCGGCAAAUAUGGAAGAAAAACUUUCUGACCCCCCUCCAUCUGCAGUCUCCAGUCGAGCCAACUCCAGAGCCCACAGAGUCAAACUCACUCACACCUUACCCCAACAGGAAGCUGCAGCAGAUCGAGGGGGCAUCAAACUGUCUUCUGUCAGCCCGCCUCUGCCCCACCAGGCCAACAGCUCCACUCCCAUCAUCCCUACAAGUAACUCUGACACAUUCCUCACUACACCUGAUGAAGACGACGAGAACAAAAUCAUCAACACGGACACUGGCCUAGGAGAUGACAUGAGGCCCAAAACGCCAAAGAAAGAUUUGCUGGAGAUCGACCGCUUUACCAUAUGUGGCAACCGAAUAGACUAA